AUGUCAAGUGAUAAGGAUAAGCGAUCAUCCAAGCUAUUUGGGUCCCGAAUCUCGUCUAUCUUCAAUGUACAGCAAGGGUAUAACGUUAAACCUGGACAUAAUGAUAAUAAUGGAAGUUCUAUACUGAGAAGUUUACCAAUAAAGCCAUUAACACAACCACCUUUGCACAAUAAACCUGGCAGAUCGACGCUAGACCCUAAUAAACCGACACCUUCAGUAUAUGUUCCGCCUCAAGCUCCUAUACCACCGGUGCCACAGGUUCCAAUCAAGAGUCCACCGAGACGUAAACCUCCUCCGCCAUUGAUGGAUGAAUUCGAGCAUAGACCUGACAAUAACCGAGUGGUAGAGCCGUCUGUCAAUAACGCAACGGUAGAGCCUUUUAAUAAGCGAACGGUAGAGCCUUCUGUAAGUCAAAGAUCGACGGCGUCGGCGAAUAAGUAUGGGGAAGAAGUGAAACAAGAUUUGAAUAAUAUUAUAGGUACGUUGGAGAAAGAAAUCGGCAGCAUGUUAGUACCAAAUGAGCCAACGACACACAUGUAUCAGGAGGAUUAUUUACCUAAUGAUGACGAUCAAGCAUCAAUGAUUUCCGGCCUUCAUGUCUCAAAUCCGUUAAAUCUAUCAAAAUCUAAUCAAUCUGGAGCGACAUACUAUUCAGACUGUUCUCCUUCUUUAAUUGAGUCUGAAAAAUCAUCAUCUAUAUCAAAAUCAUCAUCUAUAUCGCAAUAUGUGUCAGAUACGCGUAAAGAAUCAUUGGAAGAUACUUCAACACCAAGUUUCACGCCAAGCGACACGCCCGAAUACAACCAUGAAUUUGACGAUGACCAAACCCCAUACCCCAUAGAGUCAUUACCGGAAAGUCACACGUUUGAAGGGAAUACAGCCGGUCUAAACUUGGCGCCGGACUCAGGCUAUCCUCACAUCGUUUCAAAUGACUCAAGAACAUCUAUCAAUUCGUCGGUAUAUUCACAAGGUGAUGCGGAGCCCUCCACACAGCUGAAGAGUUUUGAUACAUUUGGGUCAAACCAAAGUAUCCCGUCACAAAGAAAAAAAGAGUAUCAGACAGCAACAUCACUGAACAAUACAAUGAAUACUACGCCCUCCGCAAGAACACCUCAGACCAGCUCGUUUAUUAGAGGUAUGCAGCAAACUCGUAAUCCAUUUACCCCAGUGCCAAUAGAUUCGGGGUCAAACGAUUCAAAUUCAAGAUCGAAACCUCCUACCCGACCAAUUGUUUCUCAUCAUAGAAAAUCUAGUUCGGUAAGCUCUCUUUGGAGUGCAAACUCAUACAGAAGUGUUAAUAUGUCAAAGCUUAAGAAGUCAUUAGACCUAAAACCUGGUGAAGGUGAGAGAUCAAACUAUGUUAUGUCUAUCCGCCGGAACGCCGGUACAGCAUUCAAUGAAUCUCCUCCUGGAAAAUGGAAAUUACCUAUAGGUAUUUUACCUGUCGACAAUAGAGUUGGAUAUACUGCGAAUGGCCGGUAUUUGAGACUCGCUGGAGGAGUCCAAGGUAAAAAUAAAAAGACUAGUGGUGUCGAAUUGAAACAUGGACAUUUACAGCCUAGGUUGUUGGCUGCCGAAGUUGAUGAUGGCGAUGAGAGCCCGGUUGGUUUGCAAUCAUUAGGCAGGUCAGGUACUGAUCUUACCAUUGGGACAAAUAAGUCAUCGGUUAGCGGAGUCAAGUCUUCCGGUUCAAGUAUCAACGUUACGCCUAGCGGGUCUCUAUUGAGGAACAGCUCAUAUGGGAAGACUCUCGAUGACUCGCAGAGUAUUAAUACAGGCGGUGAUUCAUCAUCUACAUUGCCUAGUUCAAGAAGAGCCGAGUCUGUUUCUUCUUCCUCUUCGUCUGGAUCUUCAUCGUCUAAUAGUAUAACCGAUUUUAAUAUUGGAAUCGGUGGUUAUUAUCAGCACCCAGGCUAUUUGCAUAAUGAUGAUGACGAAGAAACAUCCACUGAAUUUGAGACAGAUUUGACAGGUGAGGGAGGAAGAAACAGAAAUAACGAUUAUAACGAUUAUGAUACCAAACCAAGAUUAGUACUUGCUAACCCUGAUAACUCUGAAGAUAGCGAUUAA